AUGACUCAUGACGUAGCUGGUGACAUCCAAUGGUCGAUGUCCUGUGUUUUGCUCAAGUGCUCUUACUUCAUUGAACACAUGGUACCUGACGGGACUCAACCAGACCUGACAAUCAGAGCUGUAAAAACCCAGCUUUACGUGUGCAGGGUGAAUGACCAAUUCUGUAACUGUGUGUUCAGCAAAUGGGUGAAAGUGAAGGUGUGGGACAUUGAUAAAUCAGGUUUACCAGUGCACUGGCAGGGCAAACUACACAUUGCGGUCAACCCAAAACCCCAGACCAUUAGACGAGGUAGACAACUCACUCUCAGCUGCGUUGCCUUUGGCAUACCUGCUCCGGAGUACCAGUGGUACAGAAAUGGUCUGGCCCUCCUUAACAUGACUGGCGACACGCUGCAGAUUGACUGUGCAACAGCUGCACACGCAGGAUCAUACCUGUGCUCGGUGACAAACAAGCUGGAGGAGAUAUGGACUAAAGCAGUCGACGUUGACGUCGCACUCACAGCCACAGACAAAGUUGCUCUACUUAUUGGCAACCUGAAUUACUCCAACCACCCCAGCUUGAUGGCCCCCAUCAUGGACGUGCACGAGCUGGCCAACCUUCUGCAGCAGCUCGGCUUCAGAGUGGUUUCCCUGCUCGACCUAACGAGGGAGGAGAUGCUGGCAGCAAUUGAAAAGUUCAUUCAGCUGCUUGACACAGGAGUUUAUGGCCUUUUCUACUAUGCGGGUCAUGGGUAUGAAUGCGCUGGGAGGAAUUACUUGGUCGCUGUUGAUGCACCACAACCAUACCGACCUGAAAACUGUGUGUGUGUGCAGAGGGUCAUGCACAACAUGCAGCAGAAACAGACGGCACUGAGUGUGACCCUGCUGGAUACCUGCCGAAAGUGGUACAACCAGGAUCGCAUACCUUCAGUCAUCAUGCCACUGAAACCCUUUGGGAAUACAGUUUAUGGUUACGGAACAUGUGAGGAUGCUGAGGCUUUUGAGGUCCAGGAAGGAGUGAAAAGUACUGGAAUCUUCACUAAGUACUUGAACAAGCACAUCCUGCUGUCCGACAAGGUCACACACGUCCUAGAGAAGGUUUCUGAGGAUUUGGGCAGAGACCCUUUAGUUACAGGUAAGCAGGCGGUGGAGAUCAAGCACACCCUUAAGGAACCCCGAUCCCUCGCAGAUCCAGUUCGCACUUCUGGCCACACAAAGGAACUCCACCUGCGAGAUGUCUGCUGGAGACAAGCAAAUGAGAUACCGCGGAAAAAGCGGCUAAGGUUUCUCUGCGGAGUGGAAGUGGAAGUCAGCUUCUCAGCCUUGUUCUCCAACGUUUUGGUUGCGUUUGCCACAGUGAAGACUGUCGGCCCCCGGACGCAGGACUGCACCGUGGCUCUGAGCAGUAUACCUCCUAUGGAAGACAUAUUUUCUGGCCCUGGCCGGUCAGAGGAGAUGGACUCUCUACUUUUUAACAACUCCAAUAACCCAGACUGCUCUUUGAGGAUUUGUGCACUUCAGAAGCUGAAGGAGUCGCUGAUCAUCAAGGUGGAUCUACACUAUACUCACACGGUCAGUAAGCUGCGUCAGACAGAAAGCCAACAUUUGGACACAGGAAGACCUCUGGUGGCGUCCUGCAAGUUAUACAGAGGGGGGAGUCAAGCAGAGAUUGUCAAGAAACAUGAAGGUGCCUCUGCUCAAAGCGUGGGCAACAUCUCAGGGAGCAAACUGACUGUGGCUGGUCCACGUCAACCUUUCACCAGGAAGGCAGAGUGUACUGCUAAAGUUGCAGUCACACGAAGCAACGAACCUGAAGAGAACGAUGAGACUGAACUGUGAGACUUCACUCUUCCAUAUAAGGGCCUUUCUGUUUCUAUUACUGUAAAUACUUACUACUUCAAUGUGUUUUUUAGCUGAUGUGAACAGGAUUUGAUGAUCAUGUGUCGUUAUGAUCAUGAUGAAUGAGUGUGUGAUUGAGAUUUGUUUAGUUUGUCUAUGAUUCUUAACUUAACACUGAAUAAAAAUGAACACUUUCGCCAACCGCUGAUUUCAUCAUAAAUUUCACAAUAUGUUAAAUAUUACUUGUACUACAGUUUUUCGUCAGUGGCAAGCUCGCUAGCCUGAUUUGUCAAAUAUAAACCAGUACUGUCGAUACCUUCUUGAUUGUCAAGCUGUUAUUAAAUGUCUUGGU